CUUUUUUUUUUUUUAAUGCGGCUACGUUUAAGAUGUAAAACUAGAAGUGAAAAACGGAGCGGUAACAACAGGGAGCGGAGCGGUGAAAGUGUGCUAAUUCACAUAAUUUACCUAAUUCGUACCUCGGACUCAUCGGCCCAUGGGAAACGGAGCGGUAACAACAGGGAGCGAGUGACGCUCGAGGAAAGGAAGGAGCUCAUCAAAUGCAGAGAAGCCAUGCUGCCUUUGCACAGACUUUUCAGGACGAUCCAUACAACCCUCGAUGCUCCUCAAAUUACCACGUUCGCUCUUCAUGCACCCAAAUAUGUAGAGGUUAAAUUUGCAGAUGGAAGUGUGUUCAACUUGUCAGCUGAGUUCUUGAGAGUAUAUAGUCCAGCUGCUGAUGCUAAAAUCCGGUCAAUUGGGGGUGAAAAGGUAAUCUCUGGACGACGUCAUGUCGGUAUUAUGUCUGCUGAACCAGUUGGGAACUAUGGGGUAAGGAUCCUUUUUGACGAUUUGCAUAGAACUGGGAUUUAUUCGUGGGAUUAUUUUUUUCAUCUUGGGAGCAACAAAUUCACUCUCUUGAGAAAUUAUGUUAAAACACUGAAGAAGCAUGGGCUGAGCCGAGAUCCACCAAAGAGAAAAUGAUGGACAAAUCAACUGUCUCCAACCACGAACAUCGUAUUCAAGAUAAUCAUUGAGUGUUUGGGUCAACUGACAAACUCCUUGAAGAAAUCAUGCAACAAUUAGAUUGGUUUGAAAAAAUAAGGCAAGCUGUCUCAGUACUGGCUGAUGAAAAAGAUUCAACUGUUAUACUAGGCAACGAAAAGAAUUUUCUUAGUUUUCUGUUUCAAAUUUUACCUAUAAGCUAUAUGCUUCUAAGAACCUGAGCGUGAAAAAUAGACAUGUUGCUGUAGCUCCUUGCUAGAUUAUCUAAUGAAUCGUGUUAAAUUAUCAUUUCAACGGUUUCAUUAUGCCCAUGAAAUAUUUUGUUGUCUUUA